GGUCCUACCUGUCACUUUGAUCUUUUUUCAUUCUGCAUUCACUUCACUCAGAGACACCAAUGAGGAGCUUUUAAACAGUGACUGUAUGUGUUUGUUUCUUGAUGUGUGAUUCUGAAAGGAGCUAAAACUCACUCAGUGGGUUGAAGGGCUACGGUGGCUGAUUCUUAACUGUGCUGCUCUGAUCUUUACAGACGUCCUAUAAGUGAAAGUGGAGUUUGGACUAAAGGAGCCGUUACAGGGAAACAGCACAGCAGCAGUUGGAGGAAAUGGCUGCUAGAAACCCUCUUUCAGAAGAAGAGCUUUCGUGUCCUGUGUGCUGUGAAAUCUUCAGGGAUCCUGUUAUUCUGUCGUGUAGCCACAGUGUGUGUAAAACCUGCCUGCAGACGUUCUGGGAAAUUAAGGAGUCUCAAGAAUGUCCAGUUUGUAGGAGAAGAUCCUCUAAAGAUUUCCCUCCAAUUAAUCUUGUUCUGAAGAACCUUUGUGAGGCUCUUCUAGAGAGCAGGAGUCAGAGAUCUUCAGCAGGGUCUGAGGUGCUCUGCAUUCUGCACAAUGAGAAACUCAAACUCUUCUGUCUGGAUGAUAAACAGCCUGUGUGUGUGGUGUGUCAGUCGUCAAAGAAACAUAGAAAUCAUGAAUUCUGUCCAACAGAUGAAGCUGUGACUGAGUUUAAGGAAAAACUCAAGAGAAUUUUGGACUCUCUGGAGAAGAAUCUGAAAGUCUUAGAGGAAGCUAAACAAGACUAUGACCAAACAGCAGCUCACAUUAAGACGCAGGCCCAGCACACAGAGAGGCAGAUAAAGGAGGAGUUUGAGAAGCUUCACCAGUUUCUAAGAGAUGAAGAAGCAGCAAGGAUAGCUUCACUGAAGGAGGAAGAGGAGCAGAAGAGUCAGAUGAUGAGGAGGAAGAUUGAGGAGAUGAAUGGAGAAAUAUCAUCUCUUUCAGACACAAUCAGAAACAUAGAGAAGGAAAUGGAGGCUGAGGACGUUCUGUUCUUACAGAACUUCAAGUCUACAGAGAAACAAGCUCAGCUCAAACCAAAGGAUCCAGAGAAGACAUCAGGAGCUCUGAUCAAUGUAGUGAAACACCUUUCCAACCUGAAGUUCAGAGUGUGGGAGAACAUGCAGGAGAUUCUCCAGUACACCCCUGUUACUCUGGACCCCAACACUGCACAUCCAGACCUCCACCUGUCUGAUGAUCUCACUGCUGUAGAAAACAGGAAACAGAGAUCAUCACUUCCUGAUAAUCCAGAGAGAUUUGAUGUUGGCUGGUUUGUUCUGUGUUCUGAGGGUUUUAACUCAGGGACACACUGCUGGGACGUCCAGGUUGGAGGCAGUGAUCACUGGAGACUGAGUGUGAUAACAGAGUCUGUAACAAGAAAAGGAUUUAUUUUCGGUGGUUCACUGUGGAGGCUGGGUUAUGUUUUUGGUCAAUACUCUCCAGAAGAGUUGAAUCUCUUCCUCCCACCUAAAGGUAAGCCGCAGAGGGUCAGAGUGCAGCUGGACUGGGACAAGGGGAAGAGCCGUUACAGAGAAACAGCACAGCAGCAGUUGGAGGAAAUGGCUGCUAGAAACCCUCUUUCAGAAGAAGAGCUUUCAUGUCCUGUGUGCUGUGAAAUCUUCAGGGAUCCUGUUUUUCUGUCGUGCAGCCACAGUGUGUGUAAAACCUGCCUGCAGAAGUUCUGGGAAAUUAAGGGAUCUCGAGAAUGUCCAGUUUGUAGAAGAAGAUCCUCUAAAGCUGAUCCUCCCUGUAAUCUUGUACUGAAGUAUGUGUGUGAGGCUCUUCUAGAGAGCAGGAGUCAGAGAUCUUCAGCAGGGUCUGAGGUGCUCUGCAUUCUGCACAAUGAGAAACUCAAACUCUUCUGUCUGGAUGAUCAGCAGCCUGUGUGUGUGGUGUGUCAGACUUCGAAGAAACACAAAAAUCAUGACUUCUGUCCAGUAGAUGAAGCUGUGACUGACUUUAAGAAUAAACUCAAGUCUGCUUUGGAGCCUCUACAGAAGAAUCUGAAAGUCUUAGAGGAAGCUAAACAAGACUAUGACCAAACAGCAGCUCACAUUAAGACGCAGGCCCAGCACACAGAGAGGCAGAUAAAGGAGAAGUUUGAGAAGCUUCACCAGUUUCUAAGAGAUGAAGAAGCAGCAAGGAUAGCUGCACUGAAGGAGGAAGAGGAGCAGAAGAGUCAGAUGAUGAGGAGGAAGAUUGAGGAGAUGAAUGGAGAAAUAUCAUCUCUUUCAGACACAAUCAGAAACAUAAAGAAGGAAAUGGAAGCUGAGGACAUUCUGUUCUUACAGAACUUCAAGUUUACAGAGAAACAAGCUCAGCUCAAAUCAAAGGAUCCAGAGAAGACAUCAGGAGCUCUGAUCAAAGUAGUGAAACACCUUUCCAACCUGAAGUUCAGAGUGUGGGAGAACAUGCAGGAGAUUCUCCAGUACACCCCUGUUACUCUGGACCCCAACACUGCACAUCCAAAACUCCACCUGUCUGAUGAUCUCACUACUGUAGAAAACAGGAAACAGAGAUCAUCACUUCCCGAUAAUCCAGAGAGAUUUGAUGAUUUUCUGUGUGUUCUGGGUUCUGAGGGUUUUAACUCAGGGACACACUGCUGGGACGUCCAGGUUGGAGACAGUGAUAACUGGUCACUGGGUGUGAUACCAGAGUCUGCAACAAGAAAAGGAGACUCUUUCUGGGAUUCAAUGUGGAGGCUGAGCUACAAUAAAAGCCAAGAUGAAUAUUGGACACGCUGCCAAGGAAAACCAGCUCACUACCUCAAACCUAAAGUUAAGCUGCAGAGGGUCAGAGUGCAGCUGGACUGGAACAGGGGGAAAGUGACCUUCACUGAUCUUCUAACCAACACACACCUGCACACUAUAACACACACUUUCACUGAGAGAGUUUUACCAUUUUUCUGUAAUGUGUCUGUUCAUCCUCUGAGGAUCUUACCAGUGAAGACGUCAGUAACAGUGGAACAGCACAGUCCAAACCUACUGAUACUGGCCAUAUCUGUCUCUGCAGAACUGGAGCUGCCCAGGGAUGUGUUUAGGGUCCAGCUAUUGGGCUAUAGCCACAUGAGCCGUUACAGAGAAACAGCACAGCAGCAGUUGGAGGAAAUGGCUGCUAGAAACCCUCUUUCAGAAGAAGACUUUUCGUGUCCUGUGUGCUGUGAAAUCUUCAGGGAUCCUGUUUUUCUGUCGUGCAGCCACAGUGUGUGUAAAACCUGCCUGCAGAAGUUCUGGGAAACUAAGGAGUCUCAAGAAUGUCCAGUUUGUAGAAGAAGAUCCUCUACAGAUAACCCUCCCUGUAAUUUUACACUGAAGAACCUUUGUGAGGCUCUUCUAGGGAGCAGGAGUCAGAGAUCUUCAGCAGGGUCUGAGGUGCUCUGCAUUCUGCACAACGAGGAACUCAAACUCUUCUGUUUGGAUGAUCAACAGCCUGUGUGUGUGGCGUGUCAGACUUCAUCGAAACACGAAAAUCAUAAUUGCUGUCGAAUAGAUGAAGCUGUGCCUGACUUUAAGAAUAAACUCAAGACUGCUUUGGAGCCUCUACAGAAGAAUCUGAGAGUCUUAGAGGAAACUAAACAAGACUAUGACCGAACAGCAGCUCACAUUAAGACGCAGGCCCAGCACACAGAGAGGCAGAUAAAGGAGGAGUUUGAGAAGCUUCACCAGUUUCUAAGAGAUGAAGAAGCAGCAAGGAUAGCUGCACUGAAGGAGGAAGAGGAGCAGAAGAGUCAGAUGAUGAUGAGGAAGAUUGAGGAGAUAAAUGGAGAAAUAUCAUCUCUUUCAGACACAAUCAGAAACAUAGAGAAGGAAAUGGAAGCUGAGGACGUUCUGUUCUUACAGAACUUCAAGUCUACAGAGAAACAAGCUCAGCUCACACCAAAGGAUCCAGAGAAGACAUCAGGAGCUCUGAUCAAUGUAGUGAAACACCUUUCCAACCUGAAGUUCAGAGUGUGGGAGAACAUGCAGGAGAUUCUCCAGUACACCCCUGUUACUCUGGACCCCAACACUGCACAUCCACACCUCCACCUGUCUGAUGAUCUCACUGCUGUAGAAAAGACAGACCAGAGGUCAUCACUUCCUGAUAAUCCAGAGAGAUUUGAUAAGUGGGAUUGUGUUCUGGGUUCUGAGGGUUUUAACUCAGGGACACACUGCUGGGACGUCCAGGUUGGAGACAGUCAUCGUUGGGAGCUGGGUGUGAUAACAGAGCCUGAAACAAGAAAAGGACACUUUUUUUGGGAUUCAGCGUUGAGUCUUAACUACAAUAAAAAUAUUAAUAAAUACUGGAUACAGUGCCCAGGACAGCCACCUCACAAUCUUAGACCUACAGAGAGGCUGCAGAGGGUCAGAGUGCAGCUGGACUGGGACAGGGGGGAAGUGACCUUCACUGAUCUUCUAACCAACACACACCUGCACACUAUAACACACACUUUCACCGAGAGUGUUUUUCCUGCUUUCUGUAAUACAUCCGUUCAUCCUCUGAGGAUCUUACCAGUGAAGACAUCAGUAAUAGUGGGGCUUUUCUGAAAAAGACAUAAUCUGGAUGGCAGCAUAUGUUGCCCCAAAACCUGUAUAUAUUGUUCAGCAUUAAUGGUGCCUUCACAGUUGUGCCAGUCACUCAUGCCAUGUACACUAAUGCAACCGCAUACCAUCAUGGAUACUGGCUUUUUAACUGUGCGCUGAUAACAAACCGGACUGUCCUCUGUCCUCUCUAGCCUGAAGGAUGUGGCAUACAAUAUUUUAGGAAAAAAAAAAUAAAUAAAAAAAAAAAAUGAUUACUUGGAC